CUGGAAUUCAUGCGCGGUCCUCCUGCUUCAAGAGUUCAUACACAUUGCGGAAACUAGCUACCGAGAUUGACUGUUGUCCCCGUGAACGCAGGGUUUCAGGAGUUUGGCGUUGUGAGGUGAACUGAUUCUCUGGAGUAUUGGAUCCGCAGUGUUAUAUUCCUCCAUAGGUAUUCCUUCAUCUCCAAACAAACACCCUCAAGCAAGACCAAGAGAAUGUUCGAUAUAUUAUUUGUGAUGAUAUUUGGACUGUCAGGACGUGUUCUGACUAAAGAUACAGACACAAAAGGGAGGUUCAGUUCUCCAGUGUUGGAUGUUACUGAGAAGCAGCUUGUUAUAGAGAGAAAUCAGACACUUCAGCUAAGCUGCAGGGGACGGUGGGAGCUCCAGUGGGUUUUGCCAUCAGGCGUACCAAAACUCUACCCCGACACACAUAUUGUGAACACUCAGUGCGGGAAGAAAAGUAACCAGUAUUGCAGCCGGCUGACACUCAGUCCUGCUUUAACUCAGCACACGGGCUCCUACCGCUGCAGGUAUCGGCAAAAGGAGCGCAAACAGACUUCUGUCUACAUCUACAUCACAGAUAGCCAGCGGCCUUUUGUGAAGGUGCAGUCGGAGAUCCCAGAUGUGGUGUACAUGAAGGAGGGAGAGCCCUUGGUCUUUCCAUGCAGAGUCACUAACCCAGACGCCAAAGUCUCGUUGGUUAAGUUUCCUCUCCACCGGAUAACUCCUGAUCACAGGAAUAUCAUCUGGAACAGCAGGCAGGGAUUCAUUAUUCGUAGUCCCACUUUCUUCUAUAUUGGUCUGUUUUCUUGUGAGACCAUCGUUGAUGGAGUCAAAUACACAAACAAGUUUUUAACUCACAGACCAGUGAACAAGAUCUUGGACGUGUAUUUGAACAGCACGGGUUUAGUGCACACGUUACAGGGCGAGAUGCUGGCGCUGAACUGCACUGUUACUGCUGAGUGGAACUCCAGGGUGUCCAUCAGCUGGACAUACCCACAGAAGGCUAAUGGAUCCGCCAUUAUCAGCAAACGCAUAUCAAGAAGCCGAAGUAACAUGCUUUUCUACAGCGUCCUUACAAUCCCCAGCCUGAGCAAAGCAGACAAAGGACUUUACAAAUGUCAAGUAACCAGUGGUCCAUCCAAACGAGAGACAAACACCACAGUUAUUGUCUAUGACCAGCCUUUCAUUCGACUCAAGCACAGAAAUGGCCCCGUCGUUCAGGCUUUUGCAGGACAGAAAUCUUUCCGCCUCACUCCGAAAUUAAAGGCUUUCCCUGCACCUGAAAUCAUCUGGCUGAAGGAUGGGAUGGUGGCAGCCGAGCGAUGCUCCCGUUAUCAUGUGGAUGGGUUUUCUCUGGUUAUUCGGGAUGUUGCAGAAGAGGAUGCAGGAAUCUAUACUAUCCUUACUGGGAUCCAGCAGUACGGGCUUUUCCAGAACCUCACCAUCACACUGGUGGUAAAUGUGAAGCCCCAGAUUGGAGAGAAGAGCGUGUCCUCCCAACAGCCUGGAACAGUCCAGCGGGGCAGCAGACAAGCCCUCCACUGCACCUCUCAUGGCGUCCCACCACCUCAAAUCCAAUGGCUGUGGCAUCCGUGCCCUCCAAAAGGCCUAUGUGAGAAGCCUCCUCCUUCGUCCUGGACUGCAGUCAGAAAGAAGACCGGAGUCACGUCCACCCACAAUCCCAUCUUGACUAUCAGCCACAGACAGGAAGUGUUAGAAGGGAAGAAUAAGACUGUUGGAGUUCUGACAGUUGGCGAAGCACUGGUUUCUGGCAUCUAUCGCUGUGUCACAUCCAACAUAUUAGGCAGAGAUGAACUAGACAUUCCUUUCUAUGUCACAGAUGUCAAAGAAGGCCUCGUUGCAUCUUUAGUGGAAGAGCCUAGAGAGGGCGGUGACCUUCGUCUGCUAUGUAUAGCCAAUAGGCAUCUCUAUUCAGACCUGUCAUGGUCCAGAAUAACCAGUCAAAUCACAGUUUGGGAUGAAGCUUCGGGUCUUGAUGGGGAGCUCACGGAGGGCCAGUUCUCUCACACUCUGCACUUUGGGCUGAAGAAUUUGACUGCUCGGGAUUCAGGAACGUACCGCUGCUCUGCCACACACCUGCUGACAGGAGAACAUAUACAUCUAGACACAGCAGUGGAGGUCACAGUUCUGCAGGCGCCGGUGCUGCUUGGAAAUCUAAGUGAUCAUACUGUUAAUGUAAGCAACUCUAUCACUCUCCACUGCCCUGCUCGGGGAGUGCCACAGCCACACAUAACAUGGUAUAAGAACCAAAGGAAGCUCCAGCAGGUGUCUGGAAUCAUGCUGUUUCCAGAGGAAGGGACUCUUCACAUUGACCGAAUUACAGUUGAAGACCAGGGAUUUUAUACCUGUCAAGCCACCAAUCAGAGGGGGUCUGUGGAGAGCUCCGCCUACAUUUGGGUUCAAAAUUCGUCUGAAUCCCUUUCUCUGGAGAUCCCGACCCUAGCAUGUACGUGUGUUGUGGCCACACUCUUCUGGCUGCUUCUCACACUGCUGAUUCGGAAACUCAAACAUCCAAACUCUGAUAAUGGCAAAGCAGAGUACCUGCCGAUCAUCUUGCACCCAGGGGAGGAGCCUCUGGUCGAGCACUGUGAUAGGCUACAAUAUGACCCCGCAAAAUGGGAGUUUCCACGGGACCGCCUUAAACUGGAAAAGCCCCUGGGGCGCGGAGCAUUUGGGCGAGUGAUGCAGGCCUCAGCUGUUGGCAUUGGCAAUUCAGCCAGCUGCACCACAGUAGCUGUGAAAAUGCUUAAAGAUGGCGCUACUCCCAGUGAACACAAGGCUCUAAUGACAGAACUGAAGAUUCUCAAUCAUAUAGGUCACCACAUCAAUGUGGUCAAUCUCCUCGGCGCAUGUACCAAAUCAGGAGGGCCGUUGAUGGUCAUUGUUGAAUACUGCCAGUUUGGCAACCUGUCUGCAUACCUCAAGAGUAAACGAGAAGUGUUCCUGUUGAAUAGGGUGAACAAAGAAGAGGAAGGAGUGAUGAAGGAGGGAUGUAAAGGACGGUUGACGAGUGUGUCCAGCAGACAGAGCAAUGCCAGUUCAGGCUUUAGUGAGGAGAGAGGAGAAAUCUCAGAGGAGGACAGCGACUGUCUUUCUGAACUGAGCGACCCUCUUCUUCUUGAAGAUUUGAUUUCUUACAGCUUUCAGGUGGCCAGAGGUAUGGAGUUUCUCGCCUCUCGCAAGUGCAUCCAUCGUGACCUUGCAGCCAGAAACAUCCUGCUCUCCAACAACAACGUGGUGAAGAUCUGCGAUUUUGGCUUGGCCCGAGACUUGUACAAAGACCCUGACUAUGUGCGGAACGGAGAUGCACGCUUACCGCUGAAGUGGAUGGCUCCAGAAUCGAUCUUCGAUAAAGUGUUCACCACUCAGAGUGACGUGUGGUCAUAUGGAGUCCUGCUCUGGGAGAUCUUCUCCCUCGGAGCGUCCCCAUACCCAGGACUCAACAUGGAUGAGGAGUUCUGCCGCAGACUGAAGCACGGCACUCGGAUGUGUUCUCCUCAAUACAGCACACCAGAGAUUUACAGCAUCAUGUGUGCAUGCUGGGAAAACAACCCCGAGGACAGACCUUCAUUCACUACUCUAGUGGAGAUACUGGGAGACCUUCUGCAGACCUGCGUCCAACAGGAUGGAAAGGAUUAUAUUCCCUUAAAUGCUUUUAAAUCUGGAGAAGGACAUACCAUUACGACUCAUCUGAAUCAGAGAGAUAUAAGCCAGAAAGCACUGGGAAAUUCAAGCUACAUCAGCCCUGGGAAGAUCAAAGCCAUGAGCACUUUUGAAGAUUUGCACAAAGAGAUCCCUGAUGACGAGCAGUCUGACAGUGGAAUGGUUCUGCCCUCUGAAGAGCUCAUUCAGGUGAAGUGGACAGACAGAUUCAAAACCAAGAACAUCACUAAGUUUUUCUCCAGAGGUCAAAGUCAGCCUCGUCUGAGCAGCGCCCCCUGUUGUUCUGAUCAAACAGCGCUUCCUCCACCACAUUAUGAAGGCGAUCUUCUUUACCCCAGUUUCUAACAUUUGCGUAUGACAAACCUGCAUGUAAACAUCCGUUGGCACUGGUAAAAACACCUCUUAUCUCAAUUCUGCUGCUUUCGGUUCCUCAUUAGGCUCAAUUUAUCACGACAAAGUAGCUUUUCUGAAUAGACAUCAGCAAUAACCACACCAUAUUAAAGGGACAGUCGCUACAAAUAAAUGCUCGUUUCUUCGGUUUAACACAAAUGUGUUCAUUUUGAACAA